UCCUGCUCCGGGCGGGGCCGGCGGCGUCGCCUCCAGGCCUUGGGCGCCAGUGGUCUCCCAGCGCCGGAAGGGCCGGGCCUGCGCGCUUCGGGGACUUGCGGGCCGACGGCGCGGGCGCGGGCCGGCGGGAGGGGCUACGGCUGAUCUGUUUUUCGUUUCCUUUUCCACCCUUUCUCAGUGUCAUCCUGAACACCAGAAGGUGCAGCGGCAGGGCUACGGACAGACCCACCCACUCUGCCCCUCUGUUGUGUGGCCACGAGGACGCCCAUUCCUCUCUGGACUCCACCCAUUAAAGCGGUUUCAGGCUCUUCGGCUCUAGAUGCAGAGCUUUUCAGGGUUGGCUGGAAGCCACAGCCCAGCCUCCUGAUGCAGUCUGAAUCCAGCCGGUGUGAAGAGGAAACUCCUUCCCUCUUGUGGGGUUUGGAUCCUGUGUUUCUAGCCUUCGCAAAACUCUACAUCAGGGAUAUCCUGGACUUGAAGGAGUCCCGCCAGGUGCCAGGUGUAUUUUUUUACAGUGGGCAUCCAAUAAAACAGGUAGAUAUCUUGGGAACUGUAAUUGGAGUGAGAGAAAGAGAUACUUUCUACAUAUAUGGAGUGGAUGAUAGCACUGGAGUUAUAAACUGCAUCUGCUGGAAAAAAUUGAAUAACACCAAAUCCUCAUCAGCUGCUCCGAGUGCAAGAGAGCUGAGCUUAACCUCACAGCUUAAGAAGCUGCAAGAGACCAUUGCGCAGAGAACAAAGGUAGAAAUUGGGGACAUUAUCCGGAUCAGAGGUCACGUCCGCAUGUACAGAGGAGAGCGAGAAAUUCAUGCCACUGCUUAUUAUAAAGUGGAUGAUCCAGCGUGCAACAUUCAAAUCGCAAGGAUGCUUGAGCUGCCCACCAUCUACAGGAAAGUUUAUGACCAGCCUUUCCGCAGCCCAGCCCUAGAGAAAGAAGAGGCACUGAGCAGCAAUCCAGGCGCCCUGGACCUUGACAGUCUCACGUAUCUGCUGAGUGAAAAAGUCAAAGAAUUCCUUGUGGAGAACAGAGUGCAGACCUUUUACCAGCAGGAGUUGGAAACGGUGGAGUCCCUGCUGUCCCUUGCCGACCAGCCUGUGAUUCACAGCGACUGCUCCGGGCGAGUGGAUUUUAAGAAUGACACCACUUCCAAGGCAAUUCAUAGUAUAUUUAGGAAUGCUAUAAAGCUGCUGCAGGAAAAAGGACUUGUUUUCCAGAAAGAUGGUGGUUUUGAUAACCUAUUCUAUGUAACCAGAGAAGACAAAGAAUUGCACAGAAAGAUCCACCAGAUCAUUCAAGAAGACUGCCAGAAACCAAAUCCAACGGAAGAACUAUGAGAAGUUGAGGGAAGCUCUUGGAAAACUCUCUGGGGCUACAGUUGGGUCACCGCUCAUGUACUGAAGAGCAACCAAGGGGUCCCCCUGAAAAGGAGGGAAACUGAGCAGACAUCCUCCCCCUCUCUCGGUGCGUACUUUCAGGAGCUGUGAACACUGUGUAUAGUUAAUGUAGGCGAGAAGACAAAUAGUGCUCUGUCUGGUCGAGGGUUUGUUUGAAGAUCCAUGACUAUCCCCAUCUGGUAAGCUACCAGUGCUUCUCAUCCCUAUAAGACACUUCUUUCUAAUUAUUUCCCCCUCUGAUAGUGUGCCAGGACACUGGCUGGGAGAGAGCAGAGCAGAAAGAAAUCUAUUCAGUGAUGAGGAACCCAGGACUUGGUGCCAAGGAUGAAAACCACGCAAACUUGUAAUUUUCCACUGGAGAAAACAUCCACACUUUUUUAUUAGCUUGGUCUCUUCUCUACAAGUGGCCUCUAGAGCAACUGCCUCCAGAAAAGCACCUCAUCGUUUCCUUACUAGAUUUACAUGAAGCACACAGGCAAACUCAGGAAGACCGUGGUGAGGCUUGCUGGAGGAGACAACAGCAGGCACCGUGAAGAGAAGCAGGACCAGCCUGAAGGGAAAUCAUGUCUGUGGACGAAGAACCUUGCAACAGUGUUUUUGUUUGCAUAACAGUCUACUGAUUGAGGCUCUAAAUGUGAUCCCAAACUCCCACAUAAGUGAGUUUUUACUUAAUCCAGAAUUUAAAAACAAAAACAAAAAAAACCAAAACAGCCUAUUUUUAUUGAACUUUUAUUAGGUAAACCCAAACAGAUCAGUCCCAGGUUUUACGUGUUCACAAGAAUUCUAAAUCAAACCCCAAAUUCCUGAAGAGACUCCAGCCUCUCCCUGUAUGUCAAAUUAAAAAGAUAGGUUUUACUUUGAAACAUCAAAAGAGGAAUUUUGAAGACAGCAUAAUAGCCCUAGUUUUUUUUUAGAUAGAAACAGUAAAGUGGUGUCUCAUUAAUUCAGACUGAUGUGGUGAAAGGUUUGUGUAAACUAGUGAAAAACCUGGGUUUGAAAUAGUGCCAUUUUAUGACUUUAGGUCUACCCAGUGUUUCACAUUAUGUCUGGAUUACUCU